AUGAGAAAUUUGAAAUAUCUUGUUGUUCCCUUUUUAUGUAAGUCUUCUUUGCUUAAAUUAUCUACUUACAAUCGAGAAGAAUCAUAUACUAAGGUCUAUAAUAAUUAGAAAUAAUACAAGAUUGAGUAUGAAUAAUAGUAAUAUUCAAAAGACCAUAAACAAUAGUAUUUAGUGGUAAUUCUAAUACUAAAUUGGCAAAUGAAGUGGCUUAAUGUUUAGGUAUAUCACUUGGAAAAGUUAUACUUGAAAGAUUUGCUGAUGGGGAAUGCAACAUUUAAGUUAAGUUUUUAUUAAUUUAUAGGUUUUAGAGAAUGUAAGAGGAAGAAAUGUAUUCAUCAUUUAAUCUACUUGUCCUCCUGUAAAUGAAAAUCUAGUUGAAUUAUUUUUAUUUAUAAGUGCUUUAAGAAGAGCAUCUGUAAAAACAAUUACAGUGAUCAUUCCUUAUUAUGGAUAUUCAAGAUAAGAUCAUAAAUUAGCUAAAACUGAAUCAAUUGCAGCUGCAGAUAUAGCAAGAAUUUUGGAAUAAACAGGAAUUGAUCAUCUUGUUUCAAUUGAUCUUCAUAGAGGAUAACUUUAAGGUGCAUUUUCUACAAGUGUUCCUGUAGAUAAUCUUUCGCCAUACAUAACACUUAUUCAUGAACUUAAUAAUCAUCCAUUAAAAUUAAGUCCACCUAAUGAAUUAACUUUAGUAUCUCCUGAUUUUAAUGGUGUAUCAAGAGUAAAGAAAGUAUAGGAUGAAUUAAAAAUAGCAUUUCCAAAUAUAAAGACAAGUAAGAAUUAAUUAUUAUAAAGAAUUGGCUAUGAUAUAUAAAUCUAAACAUCCUGUUAGUGAAACAGAAAUAAGUCUAGUAGGAGAUGUUCAUGGAAAAAAUUGUUUGAUUAUAGAUGAUAUUGUAGAUUCAGGAAGUACAUUAAAAAAUGCUGCUGAAAUAUUAAAAAGGGAAGGAGCUAAAUCAGUAAUGGCUUAUUCUACUCAUCCAGUAUUUUCAGGAAAAGCAGCACUUAAUUUAGGAAUUUCAAAUUUAUCAAAGAUUUAUGUUACUGAUACCAUAUAAGUAAAAGAAUUAGAUAAAUAAAUUUUAUAUGAUAAAUUGAGUGUUUUAAGUGUUGCUCCAUUAUUAGCUGAAACUAUAUAUAGACUAUAAAAAAGAGAGAGUUUACAUGAGUUAUUAGGUGCACAUAAUUUUUGA